AUGAGCGAGUGUAGGGCGAAGUUCUACUGCUACGUGUCGUUCCGACUGGCGAAGCUCAGUGAACGAAAGACCUCUGCCACAUUGAAGAUGUACGGCGCAGGCAGUCGGCUCUUCAUUGCCGAGCAUCGCGGAUGCGUGCCGCCGGAGCAGCUUGAGAUGUGUCACGAGCACGCGGCCGGUGGUGGUGACGGAGUCAGUGGGGGCUUUGACAACCUCAAUGUCGACGAAGAGAGUCUUGCCCUACCUUCGGUCGUCCGGUGCUGUCGCGACAAUUGGUGCAAUAUUGGCCAAGAGCUUGAGUUCACUCGGGCGGAGCUGGAAGGCCGCCAAUUCUUUCUGAACCCCGAGAUAUCAAACCUUGAGCCAGGAUCGGAUUUGUCCCUGUUUUCGCCAAAGUCUGAGGAAGAUACGUUUCAUCCACACUUCUUCAUGGAUUCGCAAAACGCGGCAAACGAACCCCACAAAAAGCGCAAAAAUGCUGUUGCGGCUGGGGCUGCGACAUCGGCUGUCUCGGCCACGCGGGAGCAACGAAAGCGGCCGUCCUAUGCCAAUGAUGGUCCCUUCAACCAAUGGCUCGGCCGUGCCCCUACGCCUUCCGCAUCCUCGCCUCUCCCCGUGCCUCUUUCUCUCUCCUCCCCUUCGGGUUUAGGCCUUCACGUGAAGGGUGGCAACUCAAUGUUGAAGAGUGACGAGACCUACUUGUCGCCUUUUCGAGUGGAGCCACAGCAUCUUCAGGAGGAUGAUGCAGGGGCUGCUCGGGAGGGCGGACCAAAACCCGCCAUCGUGCUGCAACCACUGCACAUCGCCAUUGGCGUCUGCCUCAUCAUCCUUAUGGCCGUUGGGGUCCUCCUCCACGUCGUUAUCGUUCUCCACCGACGCCAUCGUCGUCUCAAGCGCGAGCUCAUGAGGCAAAUGCAGAAGACCGCCACCACCGACUCACAGCAGCAACAGCAGCCUCAUCACCAGCCCUUCACCAUCGCAGACGCACCUGCUGGUCAGCCGGACGGACAACAAAUUCAUCUGCAACAACUCAAGUACUUCGCGGCGUCGCCCGAGCAACUUGGCCAAUACACGUCCGAUAAGCGUAACAGGAGAUCGUGCUGCUUUUCGUGUGUGUGGAAACGACCCCAAGCUAAGACGCUUCUUUCAAACGUCCACGACGAAGCUCCCACCCAUCAAACAGCGGACAUAGCACCGGAGGUACAGUUUAAAAAAUACCUGACGCAUGAGCCUCAAACCUCGUCUCAAUUUCCAAUCACCUAUCACUGUGUGCCGGUAACAACCAGCUCCCUCUACAACCCAUCGCCCGCGCCAGUGACUCUUCCCAAUUCACCCGCUCUCAGUCAACAGCAGCAACAUCAACAGCUACCACCAUCGCAACCAGCUAUGUAUUCACCACAAUCGCCUGAACACACCCUCCAUCAAAACGUCACAAAAAACGCCUAUACCAUGGGAUCUAGUGUUAGUGGGGGCAGCGGAAACAAUCCCUCCACCGCUGAGAGCUCAAUUCCAACGCAGUCUUCUGCUGUCGCUGGAUGGAACAACGUCAACAAGGGCGUUUUCCUUCUUAAUGGCCUUACCCCCACCAUGCAUACUACUAGUGUUGACCGUCUAAACGUCUUAGAUAGCUGCGAGGUGGGGGGUCUGAUCACGCCGGACUUUGAGACCCGACGCGCGAACGUGGCGCUUCCGCCGGCCCUGCUUGGUGGGGAUGGUGUGGGUCCGCCGGUGCCAUCCCCACCCAUCAACUCCACCAGUCUGGCCCUAUUCCGAUCGGCUGCUCCCCAAAACGAGACCUGCACCCUGGUGACGCCUUAUGCUCAGCUCCAACUUUCCCUCUCCUUCGAUCAGUAUGACACCCCAGAGCGAAUCUUUGGUGAUGGCAACACCUCGACCGCCGGGUCAGGUAGUCUAGACGGCUUUGGUGGACCUCGAAACCAUCCCAGCUCGAAUCCCACAACAAACUCCUCUCUCCUUCACUCCUAUUGCGAACAUGGCGGUACCGGUGAUUUUCAUGCCUGA